CGAGCGACAAUUUGUAUCUGUUUUAUUUUUUUUUCGUGCUGAUAAGAAAUGGAACAAGCUUAUAUUUUACGUAAAGAAUUUGCGAACAACAGAGAUCCUCAUGGUUAUUACAAUUUCGACCGGCUAGAGGCAAAUUAUAAAAGUCCCUCGAAAAGAUCAUUCCUUACCGAAUGCAUACGCCAAAUUUAUAUUAUGAAUGGCAUAACCAUGCCACUCAUUUCGAUGCCCGUUGAAUACAAUAAAGCUGUCAUCUGGCACAGAAUGAAUAAUUUAAUGAGGCCAGCUAGAAUUACAGUUGAGCAGGCAGCCAUGCAGAAAGUUAAACGCCGUUUAUUUCGAGAAACCAAGCCGAGACCACGUAAAUGUCCCAACCCUCAAUAUAAACAAACUAAAUUGACAGAGUGUUUGCAAUUUAGAACAUCGCGCUAUGAAUGGGGUGUAAGAAAAAUACGUCGUAAUUAUUUGGAUCAAGCUCGCAAAGACGUUGAAGCUGAGUUACGCCAACAACUUAAACGUAAGCACUCGGAUCAAGAUGAUGAUGAUGAUGAGAGCGACAUCGACGAGAGCUCAGUACAAUUCAAUAACAACGAUGAUGUAUUCCAAGUGUCUCAACAGGACAUCAACGAAAUCAGCAGUCCUGAACAUCCACAGACAAUACGAUCUAUUGUGGAACAACUUCAACAGGAACGCACUACCGAAGCCUAUCGUCUCAGUAGAAGAGCCAAAAAAAUGGAAGAAAUGCUUAUCGAUCAACAACAUUAUAAACGUUCAAAGGCCAAUGAUAAAGUAUUAGAAUCAUCCAUACGUUCCAUAUUAUAUAUAAAGACACUAAUGAGUCUGAUGGUUGGCGAGCAAGAGAAUCACAAUCGUUGUGCUUAA